AAAUGCAAUCUCUUCUUGUAUUCUGUCUUGCCACAAUUAUUCUAUCAAACUUCACAGAGGCUUCUGCAGAUUUGGAGACAGCUUCACAAAGUCUGAAGCAUCCGAGGAAUUUGGGAUGGAAGGCUCCUGAAGGACAUCGCGAAAAACGAUAUGGUGGAUGGGGAGGUGGAUAUCCCUACGGCGGCUACGGUGGAUAUGGUGGAGGUUACGGUGGCGGAUAUGGAGGCGGAUACGGAGGAGGGUAUGGCGGACGAUAUGGCGGAAACUAUGGAAGCAGCUCAUGGGGAUCAUAUUCGAGUUAUAGUUCUGGUGGAUACAGUAGCUAUAAUAGCGGAUUUUGGUAAAAAUUAAAUAGUUUCUCCUGUUAGAAAUGUGUAUCCUAGAAUACUGUGAAUAAAAUGUUUUAAAUCCGA